AUGAAUAUACUGAAAUAUCUUUUUACUCUUAUUUUCUUCAUAUCUAUCUAUCUAUCUAUCUAUCUAUCUAUCUAUCUAUCUAUCUAUCUAUCUAUCUAUCUAUCUAUUAAAUUUAUCAUCUCUCAAAUAGCUCAUGAACUUUUGCUCUCAAGUGAUAUCUCUCCACUUGAUAUAUGUCCUUCUUUACUUGUACUCGCGCGCAAAUUAAACCUCAUUCCUUCUUGUCAUCUAUUUCUGUCAUUUCUUAGAUCACUCAGUCAUUAUUCGUUUUCAUUCUUCGAUUUAUAUCUCUCCACUCAGAUUAAUAUCUUUCUCUCUUUCUUUCUCUUUCUAUCUCCUCUCUCAAUUAAUAUCUUUCUCUCUUUCUCUUUCUAUCUCCUCUCUCAGAUUGCUUAUCACUCUUUGUCCCCCUUUUAUUCGCAUCUCCUCACUCGGAUUAAUAUCUUUCCCUCUUUCUCUUUCUAUCUCCUAUCUCAGAUUGCUUAUCACUCUUUGUCCCUCUUUCAUUCGUAUCUCCUCACUCAGAUUAAUAUCUUUCUCUCUUUCUCUUUCUAUCUCCUCUCUCAGUUUGCUUAUCACUCUUUGUCCCUCUUUUAUUCGCAUCUCCUCAUUCAGAUUAAUAUCUUUCUCUCUUUCUCUUUCUAUCUCCUCUCUCAGAUUGCUUAUCACUCUUUGUCCCCCUUUUAUUCGCAUCUCCUCACUCGGAUUAAUAUCUUUCCCUCUUUCUCUUUCUAUCUCCUAUCUCAGAUUGCUUAUCACUCUUUGUCCCUCUUUUAUUCACAUCUCCUCACUCAGAUUAAUAUCUUUCUCUCUUUCUCUUUCUAUCUCCUCUCUCAGAUUGCUUAUCACUCUUUGUCCCUCUUUCAUUCGUAUCUCCUCACUCAGAUUAAUAUCUUUCUCUUCUUUUCUUUCUCCUCUCUCAGUUUGCUUAUCACUCUUUGUCCCUCUUUUAUUCGCAUCUCCUCAUUCAGAUUAAUAUCUUUCUCUCUUUCUCUUUCUAUCUCCUCUCUCAGAUUGCUUAACGCUCUUUAUUGCUUAUCACUCUUUGUCCCUCUUUUCCUUUCUCUUCCUCUCUCCUCUCUCACAUUACUUAUCACUCUUUGUCCCUCUUUCAUUCGCAUCUCCUCACUCAGAUUAAUAUCUUUCUCUCUUUCUCUUUCUAUCUCCUCUCUCAGAUUGCUUAUCACUCUUUGUACCCUCUUUUAUUCGCAUCUCCUCAGUCAGAUUAAUAUCUUUCUCUCUUUCUCUUUCUAUCUCCUCUCUCAGAUUGCUUAUCACUCUUUGUCCCUCUUUUAUUCGCAUCUCCUCAGUCAGAUUAAUAUCUUUCUCUCUUUCUCUUUCUAUCUCCUCUCUCAGAUUGCUUAUCACUCUUUGUCCCUCUUUUCCUUUCUCUUCCUCUCUCCUCUCUCACAUUACUUAUCACUUUUUGUCCCCCUUUUAUUCGCAUCUUCUCACUCAGAUUAA